AUCCACAUAAAUACUUCCUGUACUGCAUGCGAAGUAUUCAAAAGUCAAUCGUCCUUUCAACAUGUCGGACAGAGUAUUUCUAAGUAGAAUCAUUACAGUAUUUGCUGUAAUCGUACUGUUAAACGGGCAAGAAUUGCUGCAGAAUUCCGCAGAAAGAUGGAACUUAAGAGAUUUAAUACAACUAGGAAUCGACUCGUUCGAUUUCCUGCAGCAAAAUCAACAUUUUUUAAAUCAACAAAUACAAGAUACGACGCCACAAUCCGGAACCAUGUACGACUUCGUAAUAGUAGGUGGUGGCACAGCCGGUGCCACGAUAGCCGCGAGAUUGAGUGAAGUUUCUGAGGCAAAAGUGUUGUUAAUAGAAACUGGAUAUCACGAGAACCUUUUGAUGGACAUUCCAUUACCCGUUUACUUUUUGCAAUUGGACGACAACAUCAACUGGAAGUUUCGAACUAAACCGUCAAAAAAAUACUGUCUUGGCAUGAUCGAUAACAGCUGCAACUGGCCCAGAGGCAAGGUACUUGGCGGCAGCAGCGUGUUAAACUACAUGAUCGCCACUAGAGGCGGCGCCGAGGAUUACGAUCGCUGGGCUAAAAUGGGGAACGAAGGCUGGGCUUACAAGGAUGUUCUCAAAUACUUCAAAAAACUCGAAACGAUCGAUAUUCCAAAGCAGGAGUCGGAUAUUGCGUACCGCGGAACUAAAGGACCAGUGCACGUCUCUUCUUCGACAUACCGCACGCCGUUGGCGGGAGCAUUCUUACGUGCCGGCCAGGAGCUGGAAUAUCCGAUAGUGGAUUACAAUGGGAAGAACCUGAUCGGAUUCUCGCACCUACAAAGCACGAUCAUGAACGGCACUCGCAUGAGCAGCAAUAGAGCGUAUUUGCAACCAGUUCGCCAUCGCAAGAAUCUACAUGUGAGCCUUGAGAGUACGGCGAGUAAAGUGCUAAUCGACCGUCGCGCGAAUCGAGCGAUUGGCGUGGAAUUCACGAAACACGGUCAGCUUAUUUCCGUCUUUGCAAGCAAGGAAGUGAUUUUGUGCGCGGGUACCAUCAUGUCGCCUAAGCUGUUGAUGCUAUCCGGCAUCGGACCUUCCAAACAUCUCACUGAUCUCGGGAUCGAUGUUAUUUACGAUGCACCGUCUGUUGGUGAAAACUUAAUGGAUCAUGUAGCUUACGGCGGUCUGACGUGGUUGGUGAAGAAAGAAUUAACGGGUAUACGAUUUCAAGAUAUGAUAAAUCCCGCUAAUCGAUAUAUUUCAGAUUUUUUUAUGAAACGAUCGGGGCCACUUACAAUUCCGGGUGCGUGCGAAGCACUCGCGUUCAUCGACACGAAGCAGCCAAAAGAACGCAGUGGCUUACCGGAUAUUGAAUUCAUGUUUUUUAGCGGUAUAUUUAAAGGUGAUUUUGUUGUGCCUGUUGUAAUGGGUUUGAAUAAUAAAGUGUACGAUAUAUGGCGUAAAUACAUUGGUAAACAUGGUUGGUCCAUAUUACCGAUGUUGUUGAAACCGAAAAGUCGUGGACGGAUAAGAUUGCUAGCUAAUGACAUCAAUGUUAAGCCGGAGAUCACGCCAAAUUACUUCGACGAUCCCGAGGACGUCGAAACGAUGAUUGCCGGUAUUAGGAAUGCGAUAAGCGUCGGUCAGACAGAGGCGAUGCAGGCGUUCGGUUCGGAAUUAUUAAACGACACUCUUCCGGGAUGCGAGAAGUACGAAUACGAUUCUUACGCUUACUGGGAGUGUGCGGUGAGAACAUUGUCGUGCACAAUCUAUCACUACUCCGGGACUUGUAAAAUGGGGCCACGAGGAGACGCCACUGCUGUUGUCGAUCCGAAAUUAAAGGUGAUCGGUGUUCAAGGACUGAGGAUAGCAGACGCAUCUAUCAUACCCGAGAUUAUAUCGGGGCACCCAAAUUUACCCGUUUUUAUGAUCGCCGAGAAAGCGGCAGAUAUGAUCAAGGAAGAAUGGGGAUAUUUAAAGAAAUGACAAUCUUGAUGUUUCACAAAAUAAAAUUCACCUGUUUUUUUCAUUAAUUUUUGAAGUUAGAUAUAAAUAUUAUUAUAUAAGUGCGAUUUAGUUGCAAACCUUGAAAUACAAUGCAGAAAUAUUGUUAAACUGAGAAAUUUACAGCUGAAACUUGAACGUUUAGAAAUAAAAUUUUUU